UAAUACAUUUUCUAUGAAGAGAUUAGCAGGGAAGUAAUACUUCAUUUUAAAAUUAACAGAAUACUAGUACGUGUUUAUCUCUGGGCAUGAUAGGGACCUGGAGCAAUUUUUAAUUUUUUGUAUGUAGCUCAGGUUCCUUACUUCCUCUUCACUAUGUGUAGGCUUCUGUUCCUGGCUCCUCCUGGAGCCAGCUGGGGCUACUCCAUCUGCCCCAUCCAGAGCAAGGGCUCAGUACCCCUAUUUCACCAUUGUAAAUGCCAAAACCAGAAAGUAAAGGAAAAUGACUGAUGGGGCAGGAGGUGGGAUUUUCUGAGAAAAGGCAGAGAAGAGACAGGACAUUUUCCCCACUUGCCUCCUCAUGGGACAACAGCAGGGUUAAUGGAAUGUAUCCCUGGUUGGGAAUUUUGCCUCCUCCUCUAGGGUCAGGGUAGUUAGUUUUGUUUUUGUCUUUUUGAAACAUGGUCUCACUGUGAAGUCCAGGGUGGCCUUGAACUCCCAGCAAUCUUCCUGCCUCAGCUUUCCAAGUGCUGGGAUUUAGGCAGGGGUCACCACACCCGGCAUUUAGGGUCAGGUUUUUGAGGGAUGGAGACAGGGAACAGAGGAAUCUAUAAAUAGAACAAUUUGAGUUGGAAAAGACAAAAGCCCAAUUCCAAGGGCUUUAUGACAAAGGGGAACGGUUCAGCUCACAUAAUUGAACAAUUUGGAGUUCAGUGAUUUCAGGGAUAGCCAGAUUUGGGGUCAGUGUGGUUAGGAGUACACUUCUCCAUCUCUUGGCUCUGUUUCCUUCAGUAUCAGUUUCAUUCUCAGCCAGGCUCUUUCCAAGCAAUAUCAGAGAUUUAUCACUCCUUCUGAUUCAUCUCCAAGGGAAGGGCAGUCAAUGCUGUUAGCACAGCUGAGUGCCAGGCUUGAUUCCUACUGGUCCAGCUUGAGCCCUGAAUGGAGGCCUCAACUAACCUAGAAUGCAGAAUGGUGAGCAAAAAAUGUACACUGGCAAGGCCUGCUUCACAUACACAGACAUGGAGCUAGGAGGUGGGAUUCACACUCCAAUAUGUGUACAGGUUAGAAGAGGGAGGAAAGGAGUUCACAGAGGUCUAGGGUUAGUGGAGGGAGUCUGUGUAGGACUAAACUACAAGUUACUUUUUUCCUAAGGGGGGAAAAAAGCAAAUAAAGGAAUCUAAGGGUGGGGUUGUCCAUCUGCAGAGAUCAGGGGUCCCAAGUUCAAACUGAAGGUAAGGCCAGGGUCUAGUUGGCUUUGGGCAUGGGAAGCAUCCAGAAUGGUUCUGCAGUCAUCCUUGGCUUGAGGAGGAGGCAGAACUUCUCUCUUUUCACUGCAGGGUCUUUCUCUGCUCUUCUGCCACUAUGACCCUGGACUUUUUUCUCCCUUAGUACUGGAGAUUAAACCCAUGGCCUUAAACUGCUAGGUCCAAGACACAAGAUGGCAGCUGGGUCGAAUGGGCAUGAAGAGCGGGUGGGUAGUGCAUACCUGUUUUUGGAGUCCUCGAUAGACAAGGUGGUACUGUCAGAUGUCUAUGCACAUCCUCAGAAAAAGGUGGCAGUAUACAGGGCUCUACGGACUGCAUUGGCAGAGAGCUCCCAGGGCCCCGACGUGCUGCAGAUACUGAAGAUACACAGAAGCGACCCGCAGCUCAUCAUGCAACUGCGUUUCUGUGGGCGCCAGUCUUGCGAUCGCUUCCUCCGCGCCUACCGCGAGGGCGCGCUGCGCGCCACGCUACAGAGGUGCUUGGCGGCUGCUCUGGCCCAGCCUUCCAUGCUACUGCAGCUGGAGCUGCGCGCUGGCGCCGAGCAACUGGAUGCUUGGCUGACUGAUGAGGAGCACUGUGUGCAAACCAUCUUAGCCCAGAAGCCGGACCGGCUCCGGGAUGAGGAACUCACCGAGCUGGAGGAUGCACUCAGCAGUCUGAUGGUGGGCUCUGCAGGCCAGAGUGUCAACACGGGGGUCACUCCUGCCCCCUCGCAGUCCCCAGCCCCCUCUCUAUUGGAGGAGAAGCCGCCACCAUCGACUGACCAGACCUUUCUGUUCCGCGGUCACCCCGUAGUGAACCGGCCGCUGAACCUGCAGGACCAACAGACCUUCGCUCGCUCCGUGGGCCUCAAGUGGCGCAGGGUGGGGCGCUCCCUGCAGCGUGGUUGUCGGGCACUGCGGGACCCUGUUCUCGAUUCACUGGCCUAUGAAUAUGAGCGAGAGGGGCUGUACGAGCAGGCCUUCCAGCUAUUACGGCGCUUCGUGCAGGCCGAGGGUCGCCGUGCCACACUGCAGCGCCUGGUGGAGGCGCUCGAGGAGAAUGAGCUCACCAGUCUGGCUGAAGACCUGCUGGGCCUAGUGGAUUCCAACAGUGGCCUGGUCUAGGCCAGGUGCCAAGGAAGCACCAUCAACCAAGAGUCCAGUCAGGCUUUGGAGCACCUGGAUGGAUCUAGGGUCUCAUCUGCUGCUACUGUUGAUGCCUCCCCCUUCCAUUCAAGGGACUCUGAGACCACACUUAACACCCCCACUUCACUGAGCAGCAGGGAAAAGUUGACUGGCUAAUCAGAGAGAUAAGCAUCCCCUGAGCCUGCAGGCUGCACCAUGGUGAGUCUGCCUGAGUCCGAUGGAGACAGUAUGGAUAUCUUCCUUUUGGCUGGACCUCUUCAUAGAAUGUAUUAAACACCUGGAACUUCCAUGUCCUAGGUAUCAACCCUAGUGCUGUAAAAACUGUGGUGAGCAAGACACACAAAUCCUAUCUACCCCCAGCUCACAUCCAUAGUAAUAAAGUAUUAACACUUUA